UCUCCGCUUGAUUUAUUGAACACAAUUACAUCUAGCACCAUUUCCAAGAAUGCUAGUGCCGAUUAAGCAGUGAGUAUUAUCAAUUAUCACAAUCGGAUCUUUGCUAAGAAAAAGUAAUGGCGAAGACUGGUGGAUAUACGUUCCAGUUUACGCUUCAGCAGCUAUUCUAAGCUUAAUUAACGUUACGUCUAGUAUUAUUUGGCGUAUUUUAAGUGCAGUUGUCAUUCUGCUUGGAACAACUUUGAUAGCAUUUCUUAUUUGGACGAUGCAUUAUUUGGCUCUUGUUAUCACUGAUAAACCAUUAAAUGACAAGACUAAUAUACUUCUGGUCUCGACUGCAGUUAUCAUGAUCAGUUGUAAACGUCUGCAAACAUCUCACUACACGAGAAUAACAUUUUCGCUGUUUUUCAACGGAAAUACUUCCUUUUUUGAUAUUCAAGAAGCAAUUCUUGGUUUAUUCAAUUGA